AUGGAACCUAGAGCAGUUGAAGGAGUAUUUAUAGGAUAUGAAUCGAGCAGGAACCAUUAUAUGGUUAUGGAAAAGAGUGAUCAAAGGAUCUAUCGAGUCACGAAUCCGAUAUUCCUAGAGAAUAAGCAAGGUUUCAUCAGCAAGGAACCAGGAAUUCGAGAUCUUAGGGAAGAACCUGUGCUUCAAAGGGCAUUUGAAGUUCCUUCAACGAGUUCAGGAACUGGGGGAGGCAUUACCACAGCUCCGGGAUCCAAUAAUGCAAGCAAUAAAAAUGGCAGUACCAGUACUGCAAGUGCUGAAGGCACCCCUGGUGAGAAUGGUGUUGAUGAAGCAGAAGUCGAAAGCGGCAGUAUAGGAGACGAAGGCCGCCAGAGUACCUACUGA